AAGUAUUUUAUUGUCAACAGUCAGACAUUCUACGCGCUAUGUACUUAUCUCGUUUCCGGCGGCUACACGCGUCUCCUCUCUUCCUCUCCCUCUCGAACGGUCGCGGAAUUGGAGUUCGUCCAAAGCGAAAAUAAUGAAAAUUUGCUAUUAUUGGCCUCCAAUUUAAGCUCCGAUUCCUCCUCGUUUUUUCCUGUUCGGUAAGAAUUCUCCCUCUCUCUCUGUCUCCUCGUGUUCUUGGUCUUCUCCUUUGUAAUCUCCUCGUACAGAUCUCGAGGAGUUGAUUGAUUUGAUUAAUUACACUUCUCGGGAUUCAUGGUUUCACUGUCCCAUGUGUUUGUCUCUCUCUGCGAGAUGUCUCGGUUCUAAUUGAUUUCUAGGUUGUCCAUUCUGUAGGGCUUCAAUUUCUUCCUUCCUUUUUUGUUGUUGUUGUUGUUGUGUAUAUAUUCGAAAUCAAAUCUAGGGUUUGUUCGAUCAUCUGGGGAUGAACUAGGUGAUCUUUGUAAUUGUAAAAAUGGCUGAAUUUUUGUGAAUUGUAAAUAUCUGUGUUAGGUUAUUGUACAUUUUAUUCAAAGCUUUGAGCUUUUCUGACUUGUGUAGUAGCAGGAAACAAAAAAAAGAAAAUGUCGUCCGCCGGUGUCAGUGUUCUUAAUCCGGUUCUCAAUGAGCCUGUAGUUUUCCCAACUAAUUUCCAUUCACAUUUGGGUCUGUGCUCCAAAGAAUCGAUUUUGAUAUACCUCUGCAUUUCGGGGUCAAUGACUCCUAUGUGUGUUUUGGAAUCUGAUUCCAUUGAGUCCAUGAAGCUCAGAAUUCAAACCUGUAAAGGGUUUGUUGUUAAGAACCAGAAGCUGGUUUGUGGUGGCCGGGAAUUGGCCCGGAGCAAUUCUCUGCUCCAGGACUAUGAUGUUGCGGAUGGGAAUGUUCUGCAUUUGGUUCUUAGACUUUCGGAUCUUCAGGUGAUUAAUGUUAGGACUGUGAGUGGGAAAGAAUUUACAUUCCAUGUGAAACGAGAUAGAGAUGUUGGGUAUGUGAAACAAAAGAUUGUGGAGGAGGGGAAGGAAUUUGUUGAUUUUGAAGAGCAAGAAGUUGUGUGUAAUGGAGAGCCACUCGAGGAUCAGAGGCUAAUCGAUGAUAUUUGUAAACAUCAUGAUGCAGUGAUACAUUUGGUUGUUCAGAAAUCCGCAAAAGUUCAGCGGAGACCAAUUGAGAAGAAUUUUGAGUUGUCUAUUGUCGCGCCACAGUUAAAUGAUGGGAGCGAUUAUGACGUUGAUGGAGAAAAUUAUAGGAGACAGUAUGACAAUGGAGGAAAUAAUUAUAGGAGAGAGUAUGAAGCUGAUGGAGAAAUUGUACCGAGAAAACCUCCUGACAGGGAUUUUUUGUUGGAGCCAGUUAUUGUUAACCCCGAGAUUCAAUUGCCCUCUGUGAUAUGGGAGAUGGUUAACUCUACAUUUGACGGAUUAGAUAGUGGUCAUUACCCGAUCAGGUCAAUGGAGGGUACAGGAGGAGUUUAUUUUAUGAUGGAUUCUUUGGGGCAGAAGUAUGUGUCUGUUUUUAAGCCCAUUGAUGAGGAGCCAAUGGCUGUGAACAACCCCCAGGGGUUACCAUAUUCCCUGGAUGGUGAGGGAUUAAAAAAGGGUACGAGAGUUGGAGAAGGAGCAUUCAGGGAAGUUGCAGCUUAUAUUUUGGAUCAUCCAAAGGGUGGGCGCCACCAAUUGUUUGGUGAUGAGAAGGGUUUUGCUGGGGUUCCCCCUACUUUUAUGGCCAAGUGCUUGCAUAGAGAAUUCAACCAUCCAGGUGAUUUGACUGUCAAGAUUGGGUCUUUGCAGAUGUUCAUGGAAAAUAACGGAAGUUGUGAGGAUAUGGGCCCUGGGGCUUUCCCUGUUAAGGAAGUGCAUAAAAUCUCUGUUUUGGAUAUAAGACUGGCAAAUGCGGAUAGGCAUGCAGGGAAUAUUUUGCUGAGCAAAGCUGGAGAAGAUGGCCAGCCUAUGCUGAUUCCGAUUGAUCAUGGGUACUGCUUGCCUGAAACUUUCGAAGAUUGCACAUUUGAAUGGCUCUAUUGGCCACAAGCUCGCCAACCUUACUCCACAGAGAUGAUUGACUACAUAAGAUCGCUGGAUGCUGAAGAAGAUAUUGCCCUUCUAAAGUUCCAUGGAUGGGACUUGCCACUUGAAUGUGCUCGCACGCUCCGCAUCUCAACUAUGCUCCUGAAAAAGGGGGUGGAGAGAGGGCUCACCCCCUUUGCCAUUGGAAGCGUAAUGUGCAGAGAAACCUUGAAGAGGGAAUCUGUAAUUGAGGAGAUUGUCCAAGAAGCACGGGAUUCUGUGCUUCCUGGCACGAGUGAAGCUACAUUCCUUGAUGCAGUGUACCAAAUCAUGGAUCGCUACCUUGACGAGAUUGUUGGAUCACCUUUAUCAUGACUCAUAGGAUACUGGUUUUUCUUUUCGGUUUUUGGAAUAUAGGUAUAUCUAGGUAUGGCAAGGCUACUAGGAUUUUCCCCUUUUGUCUAUACACAAUGUGAUAGGAGUUAUCAUUUCUUUGUGAUUAUCCAUUCUUUCAUAUCAAUCCCAUGUGUGUUGUGAUUGAACAUUUGAACUGAAGUUCUAGUUGCAGAUUCAUUUUUUUUUCAAGGACAAAAAGAAAAAGGAGAAAAAAGAAAAAUUGUGGUUGAUUGAUUAUAUUAUUGAAUGAAUAUGGACUUAAGUAGUGUUGUGUGA